AUGGGAGAGGAGAAGGUACCUGGACCAUGGGAGAGGAGCAGUACCUGGACCAUGGGAGAGGAGCAGGUACCUGGACCAUGGGAGAGGAGCAGGUACCUGGACCAUGGGAGAGGAGCAGCUACCUGGACCAUGGGAGAGGAACAGGUACCUGGACCAUGGGAGAGGAGCAGGUACCUGGACCAUGGGAGAGGAGCAGUACCUGGACCAUGGGAGAGGAACAGGUACCUGGACCAUGGGAGAGGAGCAGGUACCUGGACCAUGGGAGAGGAGCAGUACCUGGACCAUGGGAGAGGAACAGGUACCUGGACCAUGGGAGAGGAGCAGCUACCUGUACCAUGGGAGAGGAACAGGUACCUGGACCAUGGGAGAGGAGUGUGA